UCCAUCAAUUCCGUCUGCUUUACAUCUAAUCCAGGCUACAACCACUGAUCAUCGUCUCGUUACCGCCGGGGAAAAUUUCUACCACAACGAAGCCUGUGCGUAUCCCCCGUUGCAUCCCGGCUAUUCCGAAUCGUGCCAUUUUUGUCUGACUCUCGGUUUCGCACCAGUUGAAUCUUACGGUGAUCAGAAAAUCAAAGCUGUAGUUUUGCCAAUGGAGAAAGCAAAAGAUCCUAGCCUCUUUGUUAAUGAUGGUUCGUUCAUGGAGAGGUUUAAACAGCUUGAGCAAGAGAAGGGUAAUACUGCUAUUGAAUCAAAGGCUUCAAAUGCAACUUCAAACCUGUCCGGAAAUUCAACUCCAAAGAUUGUGAUUAGUAAAACAAACUUUACAAUAAAGGGGAAUGAGCCUAGGAAACCCACCCCUUCUGGUUCCGGUGGAAAACUUGCAUUCAGCUUGAAACAGAAGUCUAAAAUUGUGACACCUCCUGUUAAGCUGGAUGAAGAUGAGGAUGAAGAUGAAAAAGAUGCCGCAAAUCCUUCUGGAGGUGUGGCAGUAAAACGGCAAAAGCUGGAUGAGCCCAUUGUUUCUGUGCAAUCAUCUAAGCAAUCUGUUGUUGUAGCAGCACCUCCUCCACCAAGUGAUCCGACAGUGAAGAAAGUUGCAGACAAAUUGGCAAGUUUUGUGGCCAAGAAUGGAAGGCAGUUUGAAAAUGUUACCCGUCAAAAAAAUCCCGGUGACACUCCCUUUAAGUUCUUAUUUGAUGAAAGCUGUCUAGAUUAUAAGUACUAUGAAUAUCGGCUUGGUGAAGAGGAAAAGGCUUUGUCAAAAUCCAGAGAUCCUCAAUCUCCUCAAAGUGGUGGCACAAGAUCAUCCACUUCUAAUUCAGGAGGCAGCAGUUCCCGAAGGUCAUAUCAAGAUAAGUCUAAUUAUCAAAUCCCAGCAUCAGCUUUGUAUGAAACGUCAGAUUCUUCCACCAGAACUUCUGCAGCACUACCAACACCUGGUGAUCCAAUAGCAAUGAUGGAGUAUUACAUGAAGAAGGCCGCCAAUGAAGAGAAAUUGAGGGCUCCAAAGUCAUCAAAGGACGAGAUGCCACCACCCCCUUCCCUACUAGGAUCCACGGCUCCGGGAAAGAAAGGGCAUCACAUGGGAGAUUAUAUACCGCCUGAGGAGCUUGCCAAGUUCUUGGCAACGUGCAACGAUGUGGGCGCGCAGAAAGUUGCCAAGGAGCUUGCUGAUCGCUCCAAAAUCCAGGCUGAUAAUAUUGGUCACAAACUUCUCGCUAAAAUGGGAUGGAAGGAAGGUGAAGGUCUGGGAAGUUCUAGAAGUGGGAUUGCAGAUCCGAUAACGGCAGGUGAGGUGAAGUCCAACAACCUUGGUGUUGGUGCUCAUAAUCCUGGGGAAGUCACACCAGAGGAUGACAUUUAUGAGCAGUACAAGAAGCGGAUGAUGCUCGGCUAUCGGCACCGGCCUAAUCCUUUGAACAAUCCUCGGAAGCAAUAUUACUGAUUUUUCCUGGAUUGCUGUUAAGGAAUGCCAUGUACCAUCUCGGUAAAUACUUGUGAGGCAAAAUCCAUUUUGAUCUUUGUAUCUCAACAGAUUGGACCUCCCUCCAAAGGAAUGUAUUUAGAGCUGAAAUUUGUACUUGUUCUCGGUUUUUUUUAUUCUUGCUAUUUUCCUGUUUCGUGAAACUGUGUUUUGGAUGUUUAUUCGUUCAAACUCUACACAUUUUACUGUGUAAUCUCCAUUUAAGAUGUUGCCUGCAGCAUGACCCCGCGUAGAUAAAACUAGUAAUUUACAGCUGAUCUUUUUUUAAAAAAAAAUCUACUUUUAUUAUACAUUUGAUUAUAGUUUCUUACUCAC